AUGGAUCACCGCAGUGCAUCACAAAUCGCGCCAACAUCAUUCCACUUGGCCAAGGUUGCUAUGUUGAGAGCUGCAACAUUUGGUAACCGCAAGGUUCAAGUCAACAAUGGCCCUGCCGAGUAUAAACCAAUCUCGCACCAAUGGCCGUUCCUUGCGCUUCUCGGUCUACUAUUGUGUACACUGGUUGGUGCGAUUGAAAUGGUUGUACUAAAGCCCUCGAACAAAGCCGAUUUCGGUUACAUAUUGAGCCAUCGACAAGAUAAACAGAAGCGCUCUGAGAUUCUUGCAGUAACAACAGACUUGCAGCAGCAUCUUACGGCUACUGGUACCUCGGGAGCCCCAACAGAAUGCACUCUAUACAGAACCGUGUGGCUGGAUGAAUACGUUGGAAGUAUCGUCACGACGGUCGAUACAUUUACUAGCGACAUUGUGACCAUCUUGAGUACGUCCGACGCCGUGAGCGCCUUGGUGACUAGGACUGCGGAAGUUUUAUCCCCUUCGGAGAUUGGAGGACAAGACUGCAUUACCAGCACAAAGACCAGCACCGUCAUGGGAAGGAUCAGAAAGUUCUCGACAGAUUUUGCCAAUAUCAACACAGCGACCGUCACCAAAUUAUCGACUGUGAUUACUGAGGUGCCGGUACCGACGUCUGCGACCUGGAUGCCACCCCCAGAGCAAAGACUGCCGCCCGCGGGAACAAUGAGUGACGGGGUAAACCCUCUCGUCAUGCAGGAGGAGCAGAGCAGCCGAAAAGCUGAUUUCGAAGUCAACAUAAAACCUAGCAAUCCUGUUGUCGCGGUAGAAACUACGAUACUAGCAACUACGGCUGCUGGUAGACAAGGAAGCAAUACUGACCUCACUGAUCCCACAGCCUCGACCACCGAGCUGCCUGGGAGUGCAGUGGGAAGUUCUGAAAAAGGACCUAGUGGGCAAGCUGUGGUGACUAGUGCUAUAUUACCAGGAGGUAAAAGUGGUAUACUGUCAUUCGCGGCGGCGGGGGUACCGUCAACCUCGUCGAUGCCUUUGUCUUUCUCCUCCAAGACUCUGGUCAGAACUCUGAUAGACUCGCAUGGCCAUGCGAUAAGUACAGUUGAGUACUUGGGGUGGAUAGCUGAAGAAACAAGCAUUUUGACGGAUUCGCAAGGCGUGCCUACCGCCACUUUGAUCUCGUCAGUACUUGUCUCACCAUAUACCACCAUCCUGAAGGACGACGGGGACAAGCCGAUAGCGACUACUACGUGGAACUCAACUCUAGUGCGGACUCCUACUUUUCGACCAUCUGGCGAUCUACAGACCUUGCUUCCGCCCUCAGAUAAAGUGCUCACUGAUUCCAACGGUAAUCGAGUGACCACAAACGCCUUCUCCACGAGACUUACAAAACCGAGAACAACCCUCACUGACUCGAGGGGUGUUCCAACGGCCACCCUAGAUGUGCCCAAAUCCACAACUACGAGUAUAAUCAAAGAAUAUACUUCUGUCUGGGUGAUAUCCAAAUGGCAAUAUUUCUCCGGAAUGUUCCUCCCAACGCUACUAGCGACCCUCGUCUCCAUCCCCCUGAGGCUCAUCAACCUCAACGCCAAGCGCCUGCAGCCAUUCCACGCAAUGAUGCAGCCGUAUGGAGCCUCGGCAGGCGAGUCCGUUUGUCUGCGGACAGCCGGGCCGCGCACCGCGCACUCCAGUAUCGCGAGCCUGACCAAGGGCGACUGCUUCCUCUUCCUCACGACACUCCUCAGCACCUUCUCCGUGGUCCUGGCGCCGCUAGCGGCCGAGGCCAUCUCCAUCAAGACGGACGGCGACUGUGCGCCGGGCGGUGGCACCGCGGCAGAGAACUGCGCCGUGUUUCUCUUUGCGUCGAGCGUGCCGGUGAGGCUGACCGAGGGCCUACUCAUCCUUAUGGCUACCACGCUGCUCCUGAUCCUCCUCCUCUCCCUGCGCCGGCGGUCCGGGGUUAGGGAGAACCCCUGGAGCAUCAGCGGCCUCGCCGCGAUUAUGACUGACCAUCAGGUGCGCGACCUAUUUUGUUCGCAUAACUAUGACACUUACAGUGUCUCCAACGCAGCAUUGAUGAAAAAGGCCGGUAAUCGUAGGUUCCGCCUGGACUACUUCGGCCGCGAAGACUGGGACAAUUACGGCAUCAUGAUAGCCGAUAGUAACAGAGGAAUCUUCGAUCUCGCGAGACGCAAGGAGAAUACAAGCAACCACGCUCACACCCAGAAACAUCAGCCCAUCUUUGCGCUCCGCCUCUUCGGACUAAGCUUACACUUGGCCCUAAUCUGCGGCAUACUCGUUCUGGUCUUAUAUUACUACAACACGGGUGGUGAUACGCCUUUCGAGCACUUCAUGGACGGAGAAUCCUUUGGCGUGCGCUUUCUGUUCACUGCGCUCGGCAUCGUAAAUGCGCAUUGCUGGUCAGCUGUUUUCAACGGCGUGGCAAUUCUAGGCCCCUACAAGCGAAUGUCCGAAUGCGCCCAGCCGGCCGAGCGCUCCAUCUUGCAGAGCCCGUCCACGAACCCCUUUUCAGGGCUCUGGUCGGCAGUGAAGCGGAGGGAGGCCCUCCUGGGCACCGUGGCAGCGGCGGCGAUCUUCUCAGAGUGCCUCCCGAUCCUGCUGUCCAACGUGCCGUACAGCGUUACCCAGACAUAUGUGGUCUACCUGGUAUGCCACUGGCUCACCGUGAGUAUAUUGGGUCUGAUGGCAUCGCUGCUGGUGUACAUGUUCUUUGUCCAAUGGCCGCAUCUGCCUGCCGACAUGCGGUCUAUUGCAGGUGCUGCAUACUACUUGGCUAGUUUUAGUCUUCCAGGGAAACGAGAGGUAGACCCGAAGCCGAAUUCCGGUAUUUCUCAACUGAUGUACCGGUUAUGCGAGGUAAAAGGCGACUUUGGCUACGUCAGAGUCGGAAUCGAGGCUGUAAAUGCACACGAAGCAUACGUAUGA